AUGUCUUUGUCUAAUAUCUUGCAACAUGUUAAUAAAAAGGGAAAAAUACCUUCCAAUCGUAAUAGACAAGACCAAGAAAAUAUAGGAAAAGAAGAAGAAUCAAACGCCAAAGGUGCCCAAUACACUUAUAGAGAUGGAACUGCGAGGUCGGUGGAUCCAGUGGUGGCACGAUUGAAAGAGAAGCGUCGUUUAGAAAGGGCUAAGAAGGAGGAGGAAGAGCGUGCCAAAAAAGGGUUACCUCCAAAGAAAAUCAAAACGAAUACAUCACGAAAGCUGACAGCAUCGUCGAGUGCUGGGCCAACGAAGAAGAUCAGCCAUACUGUAAAUAGGGCCCCAGCUCAAAUAUCACCACGGCUGCUUCCGAAACCUCCUUCCAAAAAGGUAAAUUUCAAUGAUUUAAUGAAAAAAGCUAGUAAGAUAGACAAUAGUAAGCUCUCCAUUUCCUUGAGACAAAAGUCACCUGAAAGCUCUCAAAGGCCGAGUCCAUCCUCUCGGCGUUCACCAAAUGUUAUGCCUCGUAGGUCUCCCUCAGUUGGAGUAAAGAAAACAGCGAGAGAGGUGGUGAAGGAGCCCACCAAAGCGAAAGAGCACACCAAAGUCUCGGUGCCUUUUCCUGUGAGAGAGCCGUCAGUAGCGUUGAAGGCUAAAUUAAAGCUGAUUUCAAAAGUUAGUACGAAGAAUGGCUCAAGAAACGCUGGUAGGGCAGCUUAUAGCAACCAUGGAGUAGAUGAUGAAGAUGAAGAUGAAGACGAUGGCUUUAUAGUUUCCGAUGAGGAAGAAGUUGGUGACACUCACCUUGACUAUGAUAGAGAUGAAAUCUGGGCCAUGUUUAACAGAGGGAGAAAGCGCUCGUACUAUGACAGGUUCGAUGACUAUGAUUCCGAUGACAUGGAAGCCACUGGGACUGAAAUCUUCGAUGAAGAGAUGAAAUCAAAACGCACAGCUGAAUUGGAAGACCGUAGAGAGUUAGAGGAGGAAAAGAGACUAGCAGCUCUUAAAAAAGAGAAAAAAUUGAAAGCCUUAAGAAAUAGUAGUACGUAG